GAUGUGUUGAUAUCAAAAAUGAUUUUUUAAAAAAUAAAAACAAUAUUAUUUUGAUAUAUUUCUGAGUAAAAAAUAUUUUGAAAAGUAACCGCAAUCACAUUUCCAAACACACCCAAAAAGUCUUUUAUUCUUUCUUUCUUUUUUUCCGGUUCAAGAAUAAGCUUUUAUUUCAGUUGUAAGAAUUUAUAGUCGUGAAUUGCAUCUUUAAAGAACAGGAAGCUUACCGAAGUUUUAACUUGUGAUGAAAGUAAAAUAUUUAUUCCGUUUUUUCUUAUAAAUAACAACCUAUGAUUUCAGUGCUAAAAUAUUAUGUAUACAAAUUCAUAAAGUUACACUUCGCUUUGAAUAAAACACAAUUUGGUGGCACAGCAAGUGAAGCAAAACUCAGGUUGUUCGUCGAGUCCUCGAGCAUUAUUCUUCAGGAAUUGAAGCAAAACUCAAAUUGCUCGCCGAGUCCUCAAGCAUUAUUCUUCAGGAAAUCAAACAUGGGCAUUCAUAAGGUGUCUGAAACUGUUGAAAGACUAUGGAACGGAUGGGAGCUUCGCAUGGUGAUGUUGCUCAGUCUCUUUCUUCAAAUUUUUCUUAUAAUCUUUGGGCGUAGCCGAAAGUAUACAGCAGGAUUCUGGUUCGGAACUCUUGUUUGGUUAGCAUACUUGUCAGCAGAUUGGGUGGCAACAUUUUCAUUGGGUAUCUUGGCUCUAAAGCUUGGAGAUUCAGCAACGAAUUGCAUAUAUUCAAAUCGAGGAUUGAUCCCGGCAUUUUGGGCACCGGUCCUCCUUCUGCACCUUGGUGGCCCGGACACUAUCACCGCAUAUUCAAUGGAAGACAACGAAUUGUGGUUAAGACAUCUGUUGGAGCUAGUAAGCCAAGUUGCUAUGGCUUUUUAUGCCUUUUCGAGUUCAUGGUGGAGUAAGGAUCCACUGUUAUUUGUAGCCAUUCCCAUCUUCUUUGCUGGAAUUAUUAAAUAUGGAGAAAGGAAUUGGGUUCUGAGUGUUAACGUGUAUAUGUUGUUGUGCUUGAGUGACAUGAUACCUGAGGCUAAACUUCUCCAUGAGGCGGAUUUGUUCUUUCAAAUGUUCAGGGUACUAUUUGCAGAUCUUGUUCUUGCAUAUUCUAAUCAUUUGGCUACUCAUAUUAUCCUAAGAGACAAGAAUGCAACGGAAGCCUUCAAAUUAAUUGAAGUUGAGAUGGGAUUUAUGUACGAUGUGCUUUAUACGAAGGUGGCGAAGGUUUGUUCGUCACGCAUCAUUGUCCGUGCUAUCAGCUUCUUAUGCUCUGUUUCUGCACUACUUGCCUUCUCACAAGGAAUCUUCUCGGGUCAAAAUGAUACAUGGGGUACCCAUGAUACUGAUUGGGACCUUGAACGUUUCACGAGCGAUGUGUCGGUGCUGCGCGAUGGUUUCGGUCUUGCCAAUUCAUUGCAGUCACUUGAGACACAGGAUGGUUGGGAAAAUAAACGAAAGUGGGAGAUGAUAAGCCAGGUUUGGGUAGAAAUGUUAACGUAUGCUGCAAGUCAUUGUGGAUGGAAAGAGCAUGCUCAAGCACUUCCACGAGGUGGGGAGUUACUCACUCAUGUUUGCCUUCUCAUGGCUCAUCUUGGCCUGAGUGAGCAAUGCUUAACCACUUGAUGCUGCCCGCCCGGGAAGUCUUAAAUCUUGUUUUAAGUUGCAGUCAUUUUUAUUUUCCUCCUCCGUCUUUGACUUCUAGACUAGAUUAAGUUUGGGGUUCUUAUUUUAAUUAUCAGCAUGUUAUUUGGUUUUGAGUGUGCAAGUGUGUGACUUUGUUUUCUCUUAAUAAUGUUGUUUAAGAAUCAA